AGCGGGCUUCAAGGCCGAAAAAUGGCAAACCCCCCAAGCGAUAGGCCUAGGCACAUCAAGUGCCUGCAAGUGAACCUCCAUCAUGCAAAGGCGGCCUCUGACGUCUUAUGCAGGAGGUUCAAAACAGAACUCUUGGAUGUCGCAUUCAUCCAAGAACCGUGGGUUUUUGCCGGGGCUAUUAAAGGCCUAAACGACUGUGAUGAGUUGACACAACAGGACUUAGCUGCUGUAUGGACUAAAGUGCCCACUCAAAUGGGAGAACAAGAGGUCGUUCUCGCUUCAGCUUACCUCCCAGGCGACAGCUGUGAGAUGCCCACAAGGGAAGUAAUAGCCCUAGAGGAGUACUGCAGAAGGAGAAAGCUGAAACUAGUAAUGAGCUGUGACGCCAAUGCCCAUCACUGUGUUUGGGGUAGCUCGGACACCAAUUCUAGAGGUGAGUCAUUUCUUGAAUUUAUCACUAAGAACAAUUUAUUUAUUCUUAACCGAAGAAGGUCUAAAAGGGCUACGUGGCGUGAGCAUUGCGGAAACGAAAUACCUUAA